GUCAAAGGUGGGGCAAAUGUCGCGAUAAGAAAUGCUGAAAUAUGUUUUGCAGGUCGCACAAGUAUGUUGAUGAGCGUGGCUCGUGCACUGCGACUAUCCCACGACAAACAAGAAACAUUUAUUAAAUUUUUUAUUCUUUCAUUUGCAGCUGUUGUUGCAUUUUCUUCACGAUUGUUUGCAGUUAUACGAUUUGAAUCAGUUAUCCACGAAUUCGAUCCCUAUUUUAAUUAUCGGACAACUCGAUUUCUUGCGGAAAAUGGAUAUUAUAAUUUCCAUAAUUGGUUUGAUGACCAAGCAUGGUAUCCACUUGGCCGUAUAAUUGGUGGCACCAUUUAUCCAGGUUUGAUGAUAACUAGUGCAUUAUUAUAUCAUUUUCUACAUUUUCUUCAUUUUACCUUGCAUAUUCGAGAAGUUUGCGUUUUCCUUGCACCACUUUUUAGUUCAUUCACAGUUAUCGUUACUUACCUUCUUACUAGAGAGAUUAAGAAUGAUGGAGCCGGCCUUAUCGCAGCAUCAUUGAUAGCUGUUGUGCCUGGAUAUAUAUCACGUUCUGUCGCAGGUUCAUAUGAUAACGAAGGCAUUGCUAUUUUUUGCAUGAUAUUUACAUACUUCCUUUGGAUCAAGGCUGUCAAAACUGGGGAAAUACUAUGGUCCGUUUUAAGUGCAUUGGCAUAUUUCUAUAUGGUUUCUUCGUGGGGUGGAUAUGUAUUUUUAAUAAAUUUGAUUCCUCUUCAUGUUCUAGCUCUUAUCUGUGUUGGAAGAUUUUCACACAAAAUAUACAUUGCUUACUCAACUGUCUAUAUAAUUGGCACAAUUCUCUCAAUGCAGAUUCCUUUCGUUGGUUUUCAACCAGUGCAAACUUCCGAGCAUAUGGCAGCGUUUGGAAUAUUUGGUUUAUGUCAACUAGUUGCAUUUUCCAAUUAUUUGAAAAGUAAGAUGACAGAGGAAAAUUUUCAAUUACUUUUCCGUUCCACUCUUCUUGUUUCUGCCAUUUGUGCUGCACUUAUAUUCGCAUUGGCCAGUCUUUUGGGCAAAAUUGCGCCUUGGACCGGUCGGUUCUAUUCAUUACUUGAUCCUUCUUAUGCGAAAAAUAAUAUACCAAUUAUUGCAUCUGUCUCAGAACAUCAACCGACUGCAUGGAGUUCAUUUUAUAUGGAUUUACAAUUUCUUGUUUUCUUUUUUCCCGGUUUAUCUUUUGCAUAUCCUUUAUUUGGUCUGUAUUACUGUUUUAAAAAACUGACCGAUCAAAAUAUCUUCGCCAUCCUUUAUGCCUUAACUAGUAUAUAUUUUGCGGGUGUAAUGGUUCGUUUGAUGCUUGUACUUGCACCAAUAAUGUGUAUUCUGGCUGGUAUUGGGGUUAAUUCGAUUCUAAUAAGUUUUAUGAAAAAUUUAGAUUCUGUUACUGGUCACAAUGCUAAACAUGAGAAAAAAGAAAAAGAUCGAAAUUAUCCAUAUAAAAAUGAGGUUGCUCAAGCAGUAAUAGGUAUUAUAGCUUUUUUCAUGCUCACCUAUACGUAUCAUUGCACAUGGGUAACAUCGGAAGCUUAUAGUAGCCCUUCCAUAGUUUUAUCUGCCCAUUCUAACGACGGCUCUGAUAUUAUUUUCGAUGAUUUUCGUGAAGCGUAUUAUUGGCUACGAAUGAAUACUCCUCCGGAUGCGAAAGUAAUGUCAUGGUGGGAUUAUGGUUACCAGAUAACAGCUAUGGCAAAUCGCACUGUUAUCGUUGAUAAUAAUACUUGGAACAAUACUCAUAUUUCUCGAGUAGGACAGGCAAUGUCAUCAAGUGAAGAAGUAGCUUAUGAAAUAAUGCAAGAAUUGGACGUAGAUUAUGUAUUGGUUAUAUUUGGUGGAGUUAUUGGCUAUUCUUCUGACGAUAUUAAUAAAUUCCUAUGGAUGGUGCGAAUAGGCGGUUCAACACCUGAAGGGCAACAUAUCAAAGAAACUGAUUAUUUUACGAAACUUGGAGAAUAUAAGGUCGAUAAAGAAGCAUCUGAAACAAUGAUCAAUUCCUUCAUGUAUAAGUUGUGCUAUUAUCGCUUUGGCGGAUUGUAUACCCAACAGGGACGACCAACGGGUUAUGAUCGGGUCCGGCAGUCCGAAAUCGGAAAGAAAGAUUUUGAACUUGAAUAUGUCGAAGAAGCGUUUACUAGUGAACACUGGAUUGUCCGUAUAUACAAGGUAUUAAGGCUUUUACAAUUAGUGAAAUUCUAA